CGGCGCGCGAGGUUGGGCUGGUUCCGCGGCGGCGGCGCCGCGUGCAGGAGGCUCUGCGGGGCGGGACGGCGACCGCACGUGUUUCCUUCUGAUGAUUUGUUCUUUGGAAGAAAGAUUGUCUCUGCAAUCCUGUACUUUGGGAUGAAAUUUUUUUCUGAGCCCAGCUGAAGACUAGGCUUCAGUGUACAAAACUAAAGAUUGAUACAUCUAGUUCCAGGUUCAAGAUGUCUAUGCACAGGUUAAGUUCCAACAGAACAUCUCAGCAAGCCCUAUCUAAUUCUGAUUACACUUGGGAAUAUGAGUAUUACGAGUAUGGACCAGUUUCAUUUGAAGGACUGAAAGCUCAUAAAUAUUCCAUCGUGAUUGGAUUUUGGGUCGGUCUUGCAGUUUUUGUCAUUUUCAUGUUUUUUGUACUGACCUUGCUGACGAAGACUGGAGUGCCACACCAAGACAACACUGAGCCUUCUGAAAAAAGAUUCCACAUGAACAGUUUUGUGGCAGACUUCGGAAGACCUCUAGAGUCAGACAAGGUUUUUUCUCGUCAGAUUGCUGAAGAGUCCAGGUCACUUUUUCAUUUCUACAUUAAUGAAGUGGAGCAUUUGGACAAAACAAAACGAAGUCACAAAACUCCCGGUCUGGACAGUAAUAUCUGCUUCCAGGAAGUACCUAGGAGCAGUGGAAGGUUUGAGGAGGAGUUGAAUUGUCUUACAAAAUUUAACAUCCCUAAUUUUGUGAACACUGAUCAGAACUCCUCACUUGGAGAGGAUGAUCUUCUUAUUUCGGAGCCACCAAUCAUUUUGGAAAGCAAAUUGGUUAUCCCAGCCUCACAUCAGAUCCUGGACUGAAAAUUGUGAAUUUAAGCAAAAUGUCUUUAUAGCUUCCACUGUUUUAAUAGGUUUUUUGGCUACUAAGAUAAGUCAUUUCUUCAUAUUUGAUGCCUACUUUUUAUCAUAAAUAUUGAAUUCGUUCAUCAAAAUUCCUUUAUACUAAAAUGAAAUAUUCAAUAUUUUGUGUCCAGAAAUUUGCAUCAAGUCUGUGACAGGUGUUUCCUUAUGUUAAAACCUUGACAUUUGGUUCUUUGCUUGCUAGUUCUUUUUUUAUUUUUAAUGGGGGGGGAUUAUGCCCAGUUGCCUACUGGUGUUGGGACUUGCUAACAUGAGGUCAGAGUAACAGAUUCUCCUUUGAAGAUGAGUAGUUGGAGGACUGCACAGCUGGCAGAAUUGCUGGAUUCUAGAAUAAGUUUUAUGUGAAACACAACAGACACAUUUGUGUCUCUUAAGUUGUUCCUCUCGCCCAGGAGGGGAGUAUAUCUUGAAACAUAACCAACAUAAUGGAAACUUGCUUAGUGUUUAAUCCUAGAAGCUGCUGAAACCAAAUUUAGUAGGGAAGAGGCUGCCUUGCAUAUUGUAUAGUUUGGUUUCAGUGUUUAGAAAAUGCUGUCACCCUCUGCUGCUGGGGGAAAAAUAGGCAUGCCCAUGCUUUACAGUAUUUCAACUUGGUAUUCUUACAGUUGUCAGCAGUCUGGAAUGACAAUGUUUUACAUGCAAUUAAUAAUUUAGUUUUGUGGAUCUGAUUGCCAGUACAAGAAAUUGCAUUUUGUUAACAUCUCAUUCAAGGGAGAAACCAUAGGGAAUGGGAUCAAAACAUGCCUAUCUCUUUGUUUAUAGGAUUGUGGGUAUAUCCACAGCCAGGUAUUAAACUGUACAUAGCUAAUA